AGCAACCUCAAAGAAAUUUCUUUUCUUCUCCCUCUCUGUUUUCUCUCGCUAUUUUUCUUUCUUUUAUUCUCAGCAGUCAGCAGGGUAUGUGUGUGUAUUAGGAGAGGGUUAGGGUUUAGAAAAGGGAUAAAAGGUAGUUUAUGUAUUUUAAUAAAAUUAAAAGGUAUAUGUAAAAUAUUUCAAAACAACUUGAGAUGUUACAACACACAAGGUCGUGGUCCUCCUCAUGCGCUCUCUUCUCUGCAGAAAAUCUGCUUCGGUUAUUGUGGGAACAUGAAGUCUUUACCAGAGCAGAUUGGCAACCUCCAAUCACUAAGGCUUUUAGAUAUUUAUCAUUGCCCUAAAUUAGAGUCAUUGGAUGAAGCUGACCGUUGCCUUACCAACAUACGCACACUAACCAUCUCUCCUAAAGCGGAAAUACGACCGUGAAAGUGGAGAAGAUCGGGCCAAGAUUGCUCACAUCCCAAACAUGUACAUACACUGAGAUUCAUCCCCUCAAAAGAGUCUUCAGGAGCGACUUGCUUCUGCUUCGCCGUGGAAACUCCGAAAUUCAGGAGGGAAAAAGUGAAUUUAGGAUUAGGGUUUGUCUUAGUUCACUCUCUGGACAGUGAAAGAGGAUCCGCAGAAAUCACGUGACGAGUUCAAAUCCAGAUAAAUAUUUUGUACAUCUGAAUAUUUAGUACAUCUUUAUCAAAGACUUGCGCCGCAAAAGAAUGAGUCAGGUUUGUAGCUUCUUUUCCAAAUCUGUGAAUCCAAUUCUUUUCCGUGCUAAGUUAGCUCGUAAGAUUGAGAAUAUUCAAAAGGAGUUUAAUAAUGUCGCUGAAGAGAUGUCUAAGUUGAACCUGAAUCGGAGUUCGGUAAUUCUUAAGCAAGAUGAGUGUGGCUGGAGGGAAACAAGUUCGUCCGUUUUGCAAUCAGAGAUAAUUGGAAGGGAAGAGAAUAAAAGUGACAUUGUUAAGUUGCUGAAGCAAACCCAUCCGAACCAAAAUGUUUCUUUAAUUGUUGUUGUUGUUGGUAUGGGGGGUUUAGGCAAGACAGCCCUUGCUCAGCUCGUGUACAAUGCUGCUAAAGACCAGAACCUCUUUCAGAAAUAUAUAUGGGUGUGCGUUUCAGAAAAUUUCGAGGUGAAAACUGUUUUGAAGAAGAUCCUGGAGUCUUUGAAGAAGGAUGCUGGUGGUGACUCAUUAGAGGCCCUACAACAGAAGUUGCGAGAAGCAUUGAAUGGGCAAAAUUAUAUGCUUGUGCUCGAUGACGUGUGGAAUGAAGAUCAUUUAAAGUGGAGUGAUUUAAGAUCAAUUAUUUCCAGAAGAUGUAUCAGAGAUGGAUUGAGAUAAAUGUUGUUGGUAUUGAACUACUUGUUCUGCUUUUGGUGUGGAACACCUCUGAUGUCAUCACCUCUCUUAAUUUAGUUGGAGCUCCCUUCCAGUCUUUGCAAUAUUUGCCGAGAAAGAAAAAGGCUAAUUUCUUUUGCUAUCAGAAACCUAUCAACUGAUAUAUUUUAAAUUUUGUUUCAUAGUUGAGAAUGUUUUGAUUAUUGCUUGCAGUUCUUGGGCAAAUGACAUAUAACUCGCUAUCCAAUAGAGCACCAGUUCUUAGAAGAUUAUUGUGUUUGGAUUCUCAUAUUGCCUCUUCAUUUUCCUUGUUUAUAAUUGUAUGUGCUUUCCCAUUUUUUGGUUUAUAUCCAUCAUUUAGCUGGAUGUGUCAAUAAGUCAAUUUGGUAUAAUUUACAUUUUCUAUAUGUUUUCCCCAGAAAUUUGCCAUUCAAGCAAGAGCAUUAUCUGGCUUCAUGUGAUAACGAUUACAUGACUAGUUGGAUCCAUAUAUGGUUUUGUGGCAUCUCCCCCUCCUGAUGGCCAUGCCGAAGGGAGCGGGUAGAGUUGCUGGGUAGGUUAUUUCAAGGCACAGUGGAGAUUGCUUUAUUUCUUGCUUCAUGUGAAAGAUUUUCCUACAUUUGAUUUCAGGUUGGUGAUUAUGUAAUAUGGUUGUGGCUAUUAGAGACGCAACAUGGUAAUAGGAGGUUGGGUAUGAAUUUGCAUGUGUGUUCAUUGAGAUAGGCAUAUUGUACGGGAAUUUAUUGUUCAAACUUCCCAUUUUUGUGUAUGUUGUUCUAUGAUCUGUGAUGUGAUAUCAUAAACUUUGAUGUAUCACCUACUGUGUUUCCCUCUUGUUUUGGAAGCACACUUUAUCUAUAUCUAAAACGAGGAUUAUCACAAUUCGAA